CCUCAACAUGUGGGCUCUAGAAGGCCGCCUUUUCAUCAUCAGCUGUGGGCAUAUUCAUUCAGCUCUUCAUUGGCAGCAGGGAUGUCCGGCGACGAGGAAAGUGCAGAAAUUCCUCUGCUCGAAGGAAGGGGCAGCAGCAAUAAUAAUGAAAGGCAACAACGGCGUUGCAGCACCAACUCAUCUGCGCUAUCAUCUUCUUUUCUCCCCUCUACCCUUCUACAACCAAUCAUUCUCCUUUUCAGGAGCCUCAACCCUCCUAGCAGUCAGGUAACGACAUAUCUUCUCCCUCUUGCUUCGUAUUACUAUCCCUAGUCUCCGUCCUCGGUUGCCACGCUACCUCUCGGUCACCAUCUCAAGCUCGAGCCUCCCGUCGGACGGACACACGGAUCACGGCCUUCGCCGUGCAUAUGUCCAGGCCAAAAUCUACGAGUCUAGCUCUGGUACGCUUUGACUCCUCCUCGGACCCUGUCCUGGUCCUCUCAUACCUCAAUUUGGAAGUCUGUUGUCUCUGUCCGUCGUCAUCGUCUAUCAGGAACUUUUCUGAAGCAUAUGGGCAAAUAUACACUUCGGCUCCCGUUUUCUACUGCAUCGACAUCUUUUUGGACAUUCGGAUCUCUCGUGUCUUCUUCUGUCAAUCGAUUGGAAGAUUGCAAAUCCUCUAGGAGUGAAUCUCGGAAGCAAAGAGCGCUCAAUCCAUACUCUCGAGCUCCUGCCACAGUUUCCUACCACAUCUCUUCCUCCUGUUUCUGCGCAUUGGAUUUGCUGCAUGUGCAGACAACCCAGACUCCAAGAUUUCAUACCCUCUCAGGAUGUACAGAUUAUUUUGUCCGAUUUUGCUAACAGUAUCACAGGCAUUUCUUGCUGGAGCCCUACCUGCUCCUCGUUUUAUCAGUGCACAUGGUCAACGUUUCGAAGUUGGACCUCCUCUCAUCACCUCUUACCCUAACGGGAAUCCCUUCGCAAACCCGUCGACCACUUACUUCUUCACACCCGCUGUAACAGCCACAGAACUAGAAUCAACAAUAUCGACACCUCUCAGCAGUGGCGUGAACGCUGAUCCAAAUCCUGACAGCCAUCCAGGCGGCGUAGCCCAUGACGGCGAGUACUCGUCGACGAUCACCUUUGUCGAUCCACACCUAAGUAUCCAAACCAUCACUCUCACCAGCCUAAACUCCUCACAAACCGCCACGAGUACUCUUGAAAACCAAUCGUCUUUGUCGCCUACGGGGAGCAUUAUUACCACGCUCGAGACAGGAGGAAAUCCUCCAGUGCAGCCGUUUCCCACGAGUGUUCCGACACUCUCGUCCGCGACUAUUCAGCCUCUUGACAGCACCGUCCCGUUUGGCAAUCAGACCGCAACAGCUUCUGAAAGCACUCUGACAGAGACUUUCACAGUUCCUUGGACGACGUUCGAAACUGUGAUAGUGACGCAGACGGUGACCACCAUUCCAGUUGAGACAACUGCCGUAAUUACUGCAGUGACCGUUCUCAACACCACCGUUACAUCUGACGGAACAGUGAUUGCAACCUCGGUCGCAGGAACAACAGUUGUAACGACGACGGGUACUGAUUUGGUCGAAACCACCUUGUCUGCAUCGUCGACUGUCACCGGCACUCUUUCCACCACGUUAACAACAGAAACGUCAGCCACAAAUCUGCAAACGGCCACUCCUUCGUGCUUGCUGAGUAUGGGUUGUAAUGGUCAAGACAUAUUUCAGCCUAUUGCAAUUGGUCAGCCUCCGACAAGCAUUGCCCAACAAGGCGGCCAUCCGGUUCCACGACUGGGGAUCGACAACACAACAGGGCCUAUCGAGACCAACAAAUUCUACCAAAACUUCGUCCUUGGUAGCCAGGGCUCUCCUGCUUUUGUGAUGCCAUAUUCUUUGACGUGGAGCAAAGGCAGCGGCAAUGCGCAAAGUUGGGGCAUGGCCAUUUCACACUUGGAACAGAGUCAGAAGGCUUUUGGGCCUGCUAACACGGCUAUUCCGAAUUCUCCAGUUUCCUACUAUAUCAACCCUCUCGGCAUCCAGUCACUGAUAUUCUCGGCCGCCGAAUUUGGCACGAACACGGUGCUCACGACCGAUUCACUGCUGGCAUUUUCUGCCCAUGUCCAUCUUCGACCAGGCACGGGUUCGUCUUCGGUGCUUAGCAUGCCAGUUGUUCAGGGCAUGGCGUUCGUCACUGGCCAGUACACCAACCUGCAGCCCAAUAUUCAAAGCAGUGUGUUCUUCCGCAGCGUUGCAGCUGAUGGCCAGCCAAAAGCGGGUGUGUUCAAAUACAGAAUCACAUUGGAAGAUGGAAAAGUCUGGCUGUUGUACGCAAUACCAAGCAGCGGCAUUACUCCCAACUUUCAGCUCGUCUCAAGCACAUUGCUUCAGGGUCCAGCCAAUUGGUAUGGCGACAUCCAAGUGGCCAAACUGCCUGAUGAUGAUCUCGACUACAUCUAUGACGAUGCGGCAGGAACUUAUCCUACCUCUGGGAAUGUCGGAGGGUAUGCUCACGACGCUAAAGCUCAGUACAGUCUGUCCUGGACCAAGGGCGGUGCUUAUGCAAGCAACUCGACUCUUGUGAUGUUCGCUCUACCUCAUCAUGUCCAGUCGUUCGCGGCCAACAGUCCAAGCACCAUCACAAACUUGACCCUUGACACGACCGUGUCCGGAACUGCGACAGCAAUAAUUGCAGACUACUGGGUCUUGGAGGAGGACCAGCUUCCUACCUCCCUUGGUUUUGCACCCUGGAGACCCUCGGAUUCGUCUCAAUCCACCGUGAAUCUGACAUCAGCCGCAAUUGCCGCCAUCCAGAGUGUCGCAGCGAUGGAAGCUUCCCAAAACAUGUCUGCUCAGACAAAUCUGAACAGCAUGUAUUACUCAGGGAAGGCGCUCAGCAAGUUUGCAGCCAUUGUAUAUACGAUGCACGACCUUGUCGGCCAGGAAGACCUGGCGAAGACUGCGCUGCUUGAAUUGGAGAGUUGUUUCGAAGUUUUCUCGAACAAUCAGCAAGAAUUUCCAUUAAUCUACGAUACGGACUGGAAAGGACUCGUGUCGUCAGCAAGUUAUGUCACUGGAGACAGCGGUGUGGACUUUGGCAAUUCCUACUACAACGACCACCACUUCCAUUAUGGCUACUUCCUCCACGCUGCAGCAGUCAUCGGCUACCUCGAUCCUACAUGGCUUACCAAGAACAAAGACUAUGUCAACGCCUUGGCUCGAGAUGUGUCUAAUCCCAGUUCGCUGGACCAGUACUUUCCGGUAUUCCGAUCAUUUGAUUGGUAUCACGGCCACUCAUGGGCCAAGGGACUCUUCGAGUCGGGUGAUGGUAAAGAUGAAGAGUCAUCUUCCGAAGACGCCAUGUUUGCCUACGGUCUCAAGAUGUGGGGAAAGACCAUUGGUGAUGCAUCGAUGGAGGCUCGUGGUAACCUGAUGCUAUCUGUUAUAGCACGCAGUCUGCAAAGUUACUUCCUCAUGACUUCAGAUAACGUCAACCAGCCAGCGUCCUUCAUUGGCAACAAGGUGACGGGUAUCCUGUUUGAGAACAAAGCGGAUCACACUACCUACUUUGGUACCGACUUGAGUUACAUCCAAGGCAUCCACAUGAUUCCGGUCAUGCCUUUCUCGACUUUGACGCGAACACAACAAUUUGUGGCGGAGGAAUGGACGACGUAUUUUGCCGACGGUGCUGUAAGAGACGCUUCGAACAUUGAAGGAGGAUGGAAAGGUAUUGUAUAUGCGAAUUUUGCCAAUAUUAACCCAACAGCUGCAUAUGACUUCUUCACACAGGACAAUUUCGACAUGAGCUGGAUCGAUGGAGGAGCUUCUCUGACAUGGUACAUUGCACUGAGUGCUAUGCUGGGAGGAUCUCCUUGAUCAACAGCCUAGGUGACGAUUGACGACAGCGACUCUGAUUACGGCAAAGCGACGGAAAGGGCUCAGGACGGAUGGGACGGUCUCUGUGUGACAUGAAAGGAGUCACGGUUUGGCGUUACCUCAGGGCAAAAGUGUGGCGUGCAAUUGAUUCGAUAGACUUGGAAUUACGGGCCUCUGGAAGGCGGUUUAAUACGUGUAACAACAGGAUUGAGCAAACAGGAUGAGUAGGGAAUCUAUAAAUAAUAUCGAUCCCUAGCAUCGAACUUAGUCUGGUGUCUCUGGGUAUCCCUA